AUGGUACAGUAUGGCAGCCUGGACUGUUUGGAUACUCCUGAUGUGUGCGGUCCUCAAUGGGCAAGAUAUGCAACUUUUCCAUCUCUCUCCCUUACAGGGUCAAAGGCUCAGGACUGUGGUGUGGCACCUCUGAACACAAAGAUAGUGGGUGGUGUGAACGCCACAGCUGGGUCAUGGCCCUGGCAGGUCAGCGUGCACUUUACCGGAUAUCAUAUCUGUGGAGGGACCCUCAUCAGUGACCAGUGGGUCCUCACAGCAGCCCACUGCAUCAUAAAAAAUUCAACUAGUGUCUGGACUCUCUACUUUGGAAAAUUGACUCAGAGUGGCCCUAAUGCUAAUCAGGUGACCCGCACUGUGUCCCAAAUCAUCGUCCAUCCUAACUACAACAACACUUGGAACAACAAUGACAUUGCCCUAAUGAAGCUCAGCAGCCGUGUCACUUUCAAUGACUACAUCAGACCUGUCUGCCUGGCAAGUAACUCCAGCCAGUUCUACACCUCCACCUCCUGCUGGGCCACUGGCUGGGGCAGACUGGGAAGCAAUGAGCCAAAUCAAGCUUAUAACUUCCUUCAGGAGGUCCAGAUUCCUGUUGUUGGAAACAAACAGUGCAGCUGUGACUACAUCCCUGAACCAAAAAUAAACCUCACUGCCAACAUGUUGUGUGCCGGGCAAGUGAACAAAGGAACUUGUCAGGGGGACUCUGGUGGACCUUUGCAAUGCAAACAAGGCUCAGUGUGGAUCCAGGCUGGCAUCACCAGCUAUGGAGUACCUUGUGCCACAGCUGGAUUUCCUGAAGUUUAUACCCGAGUCUCUCGGUUCCAGGCUUGGAUCAAAGCUCACGUGGCUGGGACAAAUGUCAUCUUUGUGACAUUCACUUCUAGCGGCACCGAUCCAGACAACAACUCUGUGUGUCUGAGCACACAUGCAAUCACACCAGCUCCAACUUCCAUAGCCAAAGCCAUUGCAACUGAGUUUCUAUUCAUUGUCACCAUAGUGGCAGUGUUUCUGCAGCACAUUUUAGCUCAGUAG